AUGAAGUUUUUAGCUUCACCUGCAGGUACGGUUGCUGCUGCACUUUUGUUGAUCAACGGUGCAGAAGCAACUCAAUCUGAACGAAGCCGGGCUGUCGCCCAUUUUUCUAAACGUCAUCCAACAUAUCGUGCUGCCACCAGAGCUCAGUCUAGCAACACUUCUGACUACCGCUUCUUCAAUAAUAGGACCAAACCCCACUUGGUGGAAAGCUUACCUGAUGUGCACUUCGAUCUUGGGGAGAUGUACUCAGGAUCGAUCCCUAUCGAUGACAGCAACAAUGGUUCUCGAUCUUUGUUUUAUAUUUUCCAACCUAAGAUAGGAGAACCAUCGGACGAUCUUACCGUUUACCUCAAUGGAGGGCCAGGCUGUUCCUCCGAACAAGGCUUCUUCCAGGAAAAUGGGAGGUUCACAUGGCAGCCGGGUACCUAUGCACCUGUCAUCAAUGAAUAUUCUUGGGUCAACUUGACGAACAUGCUAUGGGUUGACCAACCAGUCGGAACCGGAUUUUCUGUGGGCAAUGUUACAGCCACCAACGAAGACGAGAUUGCCGCCGAUUUUCUCAACUUUUUUGCAAAGUUCGAAGACCUAUAUGGGAUAAAGAACUUUCGCAUCUUCAUAACCGGUGAGAGCUACGCCGGUCGAUAUAUGCCCUACAUCUCGUCGGCAAUGCUAGAUAAAAACGACACCACUCGGUUCAAUUUGAGCGGAGCCCUCCUCUACGAUGCCUGCAUCGGCCAAUGGGACUACAUCCAAGCCGAGCUCCCUGCCUACCCCUUCGUCAAGCAGCACGCUUCACUCUUCAACUUCAAUCAGUCCUACAUGAACGAGCUCGAAACCACUUACGAAGAGUGCGGCUACAAGGCCUACUUCGAUGAGUACUUUGCCUUCCCUCCAAGCGGCAUUCAACCUCCCAAAUACAUGAACUACUCCGAGUGCGACAUCUAUAACAUGAUUUACUACGAAGCCUACAACCCCAACCCAUGCUUCAACCCCUACCGUGUCAUUGAUGAGUGUCCACUUCUCUGGGACGUGCUUGGCUGGCCGACAGACCUGGCAUACGAGCCUGCGCCCACCACAUACUUCAACCGCAUGGAUGUCAAAAAGGCUCUGCACGCCCCCCUGGACGUGGAAUGGGAGCUCUGCAGCACUGACCUCGUCUUUGCUGGCGGUGAUUCCGACCCCGGUCCGGAGCAGCAAGGGGACGACUCACCCAACCCCACCGAGGGGGUUCUCCCGCGCGUUAUUGAGGCGACUAACCGCGUGCUCAUUGCCAACGGCGACUGGGACUAUCUAAUCAUUACGAACGGCACUCUCCUCGCCAUCCAGAACAUGACUUGGAACGGUCAGCUGGGUUUCCAGUCUGCACCUGCCACACCGAUCGAUAUUAAGAUGCCGGAUCUCCAGUGGAACGAGAUAUUUGAGGCCCAGGAGGGAUACGGAGGGUUGGACGGGCCGCAGGGAGUUAUGGGCGUACAACACUAUGAGCGCGGGUUGAUGUGGGCGGAGACUUAUCAGUCGGGGCACAAGCAGCCCCAGGAUCAGGGCCGUGUGUCGUAUCGCCAUUUGCAGUGGUUGCUGGGUCAAGUUGAGACUCUUUAGUUUCCCACUUCGGAAUAAUUGAGAUCAGGUUACUUUGAUAGUGUCUGAACUUCUUC